UUUCAAACUCUCUUCCUUUUCUGUUUCUCUCUCCACAAACCCACAUCUCUGUUUCUCUAUAUUUGUCCCAAUUCCUUAAAACCUAGCUCCAGAUCUCUCUUCUCAACACCCUUUCCGUUCCGCCAUCACUACCGUGGGUUGAUCCACCACUACUGUUGACCAGCACCUUCGGGGAUAGAUCAAAGAGGGAGAACAUUGUCGACACAAAACACAACAAUUUGCAGUUCGAAGCAGAAGAACCACAAAUCUUUGGGUAUAGCUUUAGUAGAUAGACAUUCUAUACAUAUACAUGCAAAUAUAUGUCUUGUACGAGUAUGUUUGAAUAUACAGCUCCGAUUCCGAUUCAGACCCCUACGGAAGGUCACCCAGCACCCCCACUGAGCUGGCAAUUGCCUUUAGCAUGUGAAGAAUAGUUGCACUCUGGUAAGGUGUGAUACACGCACCUUUGAGAUAAAAAAAUAAAAUAAAAAAAAAUACACGCACCUAACCUCACUCUUCCCUCCUCCGUCCAGAAAUCGAUGGCAUUGCUCUCCACUUCGUUUCUGUCUGUCGCUCUCUUGAUUCCUUCUUUCCUGGUCCGUCCGUCCGCCAUAGCUCUCUUUCCUAACAAAUCUAUGGCCAUAGCUCUCCGGAAAUCAACGAUCAUCGUUUGCCAUAGCCCUCUUCCCCGGUCCGUCUGUCUGUCGGUUUCCUGAAUCUUCGAUCAUUUUCUGAGGUAAUAUUUUCCCCCGUCUUUGUCUCUCUCUCUCUCUCUCUCUCUCUCUCUCUCUCGCCUUUAUACACACAUACAUUCAUCAAUCAAAGAGGCUUAAUAAUCAGUUUUAGUUUGAGAAUACAUUCAGAAAUAGUUUGUUCUAUGUAAAUACAUUCAAUGUGAAUGCAUUCAUCAAUCUCUCUGUAUGUCUGCAAUGCCGAGUGUGAACACAUUAGAGAGACUUAAUCAGUUUCAGUUUGAGAAUACAUUCAGAAAUAAUUUGUUCUGUGUGACUACAUUCAUCAAUCUCUCUGUUAAUGUGUUCUGUGUUCAUACACACAUACAUUCAUCAAUCAGAGAGGGUUAAUCAGUUUCAGUUUGAGAAUACAUUCAGAAAUAGUUUGUUAUGUGUUCUGUCUUCCAGGUCUGUGACUACACAAAUUGUUCUUUGUUCCAAUUUGUUAAUGUAUAGAUUGUCUCUGAUCUGUUCUGUGUUCUCUGAUCUGCUCUAUUGAAAUUAGUCUAUGUUUUUCGUAUCUUUUUUUUAACAAACUUUAGUGUCUUACUUCUAUUUGUGGAACUUCUAAACAUGUCAAAUAUUACUUAUUAGAUGAAGUUGCUGUUUGAAAACUGGGACUUACCCAGUAAACAUUCUAAAAUCAUUCUAUUUCAAUUUCAUUUUUCAAAGUGGAAGAAUGGAGGUUGAUUCAAAUGGUGGUAACGAUCCUGCAGUAAAUAAGGGUGAACAAGUUGAAGAACCUAAAAAGGAUAUGUAUUUUAGCUCAAGGGAGGAAGUGUACACAUUUUAUGGCAAAUAUGCUAAGCAUGUUGGAUUUUUUAUAGCUCAUAGAGCACGACAUUUUGGAGAUGAUGGACAAUUAAAAAACUUUGCAAUUGAAUGUUCUCGAGUGGGGGAGAGGAAAAAAAAAUCAGAAGUGAACCCUUUGAAGCCAUCUUUGUCAACAAAAAUUAGUUGCAAAGCAAAGGUACGAGGUAGUCUACAAAAGGAUGGGAGAUAUAUGUUAACCACAGUCAACCUUGAGCAUAAUCAUGAUUUGAUUCCCACUGACUCAAGUCAUUUUGUAAUGAAUAAGAAAAUUCUUACUUCUGUGAAAAGACGAUUAGAAAUUAAUGAUCAAGCGGGGAUUGAGGUGUCUAGGAACUAUCAUUCAAUGGUUGUUGAAGCGGGGGAUACGAGUCAUUGACAUUUGAUAAGUAAGAUGCAAGAAAUUACAUUGAUAGAGCUAGAAGAUUGAGGCUUGGGGAAGGUGAUACCCAAUCACUUCAAAGUUAUUUUAUGAAGAUGCAAGCACAUAGUGAGAGAUUCUUUUUAUGUGAUUGAUGUUGAUGACGAGUGUCGCAUUUGAAAAUUGUUUAGGGCUGAUGCAAGGAGUCGGGCUACUUAUAAAGCAUUUGGAGAUUUUGUUUCAUUUGACACAACUUAUCUAACGAACAAAUAUGACAUGCCAUUUGCUCCAUUUGUAGGAGUUAAUCACCAUGGACAGUCCAUUUUGCUUGGGUGUGGAUUGUUAUCUAGUGAAGACACUAAUACAUUUGUUUGGCUAUUUAAGUCGUGGUUAAGUUGCAUGUCAAAUCAUUCUCCAAAAGCUAUCAUAACUGAUCAGUGUAGAGCUAUGCAAAAUGCUAUAGAAAUUGUAUUUCCACAAGCUCGACAUCGAUGGUGCUUAUGGCAUAUAAUGAAGAAAAUUCCAAAGAAGUUGAAAGGAUAUGCUGAAUAUGAAUGCAUAAAGUUGGCUACGCAAAAUGUAGUUUAUGACUGUUUGACAAGAGAUGAAUUUGAGAAUCAAUGGGAAGAGAUGCUUACAAAAUUCAAUCUUUAUGAUAAUCACUGGUUGGGGGUACUAUAUGAUGAGCGGUAUCGAUGGGUUCCUGUAUACAUUAAAAACAUAUUCUGGACUGGCAUGUCAACUACACAACAAAGUGAAAGCAUGAAUGCAUUUUUUGAUAAAUAUGUCAACCCGAAGACUACAUUAAAGCAAUUUGUUGAACAAUAUGACAAUGCAUUGAGAAGCAAGGUAGAGAAAGAGAAGAAAUCAAACUUCAAGUCUCAACACAAAUUGUUUGAUUGUCUAACUGUAAAUGGCUUUGAGAAGCAAUUUCAGCAAGCAUAUACCAAUGCAAAAUUCAAAAAAGUUUAAGGAGAGUUGAAGAGAUUAGUUUAUUAUCAAGCGGUGAUUGUGAAAAAGGAGGAAUCAAUUUGUACAUAUAAUGUCCAAGAAGCGAUGGUAGUUUAUGAGAAGAUGAAGCAUGUGGACUUUGUUGUAUAUUUUAAUUUAAUUGAAUGUGAAGUUCAAUGUAUGUGUUGGUUGUUUGAGUUUAGAGAUAUUAUGUGUGCUCACUCACUCACUGUGCUUGUGAAAAGGUGCAUAAAUGAGGUGCCAAACAAAUACAUUCUACCACGCUGGAGAAAAGAUUUGGUUCGAGAGUACACAUCCAUCAAAACCGCAUACAGUGGCUUUGGAGGUGAUUUCAACGCAAGUUGUUAUGAGAGGAUGAAUAAGAAAUCGAUUGGCAUUGUACAACUUGCUAGUAAUUGUGAAGGGAAAAUUAAAAUGAUAAACCUUUGGUUGGAUGAAAUCAAGGAUAGAGUCAUGAAAGAUGAAUCUAAUGAUGGGAGUAAUUUACAAGCUUGUACUACUUUCAUACCAUCUUGUAGAAAAAGUCCAAUUGCCACCGGUUCUACAAUAGUGUCUACUACUAGGAAGGUGAUUAGUCCUUUGGUUCCUCGGCGAAGAGGCCAUCCAAUUAUGAAAUGAAAGGUUGCCAAAGUAGAUCAAAUAGUCAAUCAGUUCAAGGCAAUGGCAAAAAAACAAACAAAAGCAAAGGCUGCUAAGGAGCUUCGAUUUGAAGCUGAAGCUCAAGCUCAAGCUCAAGCUUAUGCGUCAUAUUAUCCUUAUAUGGGUGGAAUGCAAAAUAGUAUGUAUGUACCGGUGGUAAAUGCUAUUGGAGGAACAUCUAUUACCCCAUCAGAGUUUAUAAGAAGCACACCAGGAAGUCUGAUGAGUGCACCAACUCAAAUUUUUGGUUCUGGAUCUCUAACCCCAUCGGGUUCUAAUGCAUGCACACCGGGAAUGAAUGAUGGGCAUUAUAGACAUGUUUGACUUGUUUAUUGAACUUUUACAAUUAGUUUUUGAGAUUAGAACUUAUUAUGUUAAGUCCCACCUUAGAUGUGUAAAAAAUGUUGUGUAUUAAUUACCAAUGAAGUUAUGUUAUUUUUAUUAUUAGUUAUGUAAUGCAGUUCAUUUAUGAAGUUAAU